AUGAUCUCGUCCAACGAGCUCGACGUGCGCGAAGCGCUUUGGCAUGGCACGACCUGCGCCGCCGCCAAGGGCGUCUACCGCGGCCGCGACGUACUCGUCAAGACGUUUAGCUUCUUUGGCCACAUCGACGACUUUGGCCGUCGCGUGCAGACCUAUUACCAGCUGCGAUCGCCGUACCUUGUCUCGCUGCUCGCGGUGGCAGACGUCGCAUCGGCCCGCCCCAAGCUCAUUUUCGAGUACAUGGACGGUGGCAGUCUCCGUGACUACGUCUCGUCACGCAAGAACACGAUGCCACCCGUGCCGAUCACACUCGCCGUCGCCAAGGGCCUCGAGCAUCUGCACCGCCACCGCCUCGCACACGGUUGCUUGACCCUGAGCAGCGUCCGCAUCGCGACCGACGGGCGGAUCAAGCUCCCCGAUUGCGGCUUUUCUUAUGAUGACGCAUACCUCGCGACCUUACCGCCGGUAGCAGGAAUGCCGGAAAUGAUGUGGGAUCCCCCACGGACCCCGGGCAAUUACUGGAAGGCCCCCGAGGCUCUUCAUUCCAAGGGUGCAGCCACCGCCGCCGCUGACAUUUUCUCGUUUGGCGUCAUGAUGAUCGAGCUAAUGUGGCUGAGAACGCAUGACAACAGGGACCACUUUGGCAAAGCCAUGCGCUACAUCCGUGCUGGUACGGCGACAACCGACCUCCUCAAGGUACCCGACGACUGGUACCAUGCCCUCGCGCUUCGCUGUGUCGCACGCGACCCCUCGACGCGACCAACUGCCGCGGAGAUUGUACAACAUCUCAAACAGCAUACUACGACAGAAGACGACGAUACUAUCGUCUAACACAACUGUCAUUUCGAGGGUGUCAUCUUGUCAGUCGAUUGAACACGCGUCAUUCCCUUCCCUUUCGCA